UGGCAUAGUUCAAGAUGGUGCGGAUGAAUGUAUUGGCUGACGCCUUAAAGUCUAUAGCAGCAGCUGAAAAGAAGGGCAAACGUCAGGUCUUGAUUCGGCCAUGCUCGAAAGUUAUCGUCAGAUUUCUCACAGUGAUGAUGAAACAUGGUUACAUUGGGGAGUUCGAAAUUGUUGAUGACCACAGAAAUGGCAAAAUUGUUGUCAAUCUCACUGGCCGGUUAAACAAAUGUGGUGUCAUCAGUCCCAGAUUUGACAUUUCCAUUAGAGACAUGGAACAGUGGACAACAAACUUAUUGCCAUCUCGACAGUUUGGAUUUAUAGUGCUAACAACGUCAGGGGGUAUUAUGGAUCAUGAGGAGGCCAGGAGGAAACAUUUAGGAGGGAAAAUUCUUGGAUUCUUUUUCUGAGACUGUCUGCUGUAUAUAUGCACUAAUAAAGGUGCAGAAAGUA